CUUCUUUCUCGAUGGAGCAGCACAACAAGGAUCAGGUUUUGUCGGAGAAUAAUAACAAUAAGUGUCAAGAUCCAAAUCCAAGAUUUACUUUCGAAGGUUGCAACGUUUUGCUCGACGUUAACGAUGGUGACCGUCUCGUCUUCGCUCGCUUAUCUGGUGGCUCUACAUUAAAAAUAGGGAAUACGAAGUACUCGUUAAAGCCAUUGAUCGGAGCUCCGUUUGGAUCUCUGUUCCAAGUCGAAACCGGAGAAGAUGUUUCUUUCCUCUCUCGCAUUCUUCCCGUCAAAAAAGAAGAAAGUAUUAGUAAUAAUGUUAUCGAAGAUUCUAGAGAUAAUAGGGAACUUAUUGACAAUAAUGAAGCUCAAAACCUCACUGAAGAAGAAAUUGAAACUAUGCGGAGAGAGGGUGCAAAAGGAGAUGAGAUUAUUGAAGCACUGAUUGCAAACAGCAAAACAUUUGACAAGAAGUUUCAGUUGUCUCAGGAAAAAUAUAAGCUCAAGAAGCAGAAGAAAUAUGCACCAAAGGUGCUUCUAAGACGUCCUUUUGCUCGAAGUAUCUGUGAAGCUUAUUUCAAGAAAUAUCCAGCCAGAAUCGGAUUCUUAAGAGUAGAUGCGUUAUCUCUUCUGUUGACAAUGGCUAAUGUCACCGCGUACUCGGAUGUGCUUGUGGUGGAUAUGGUUGGUGGUCUUGUCACUGGUGCAGUGGCUGAAAGAUUAGGAGGCACUGGUUAUGUUUGUAAUACAUUUAAAGGAAACUCUCCUCCCUCUGUGGAUAUGGUUAAGAUGUUCAACUUUACUGACAAGGUUAUAGAGAGGAUCGUGCAGUCAUCUAUAAACGACCUCUCAUCAGCCAAAACUGUAUUAUCUCCUGAAGGAGGAGUUUGUAACGCUGAGAUUAAUAUCAAUGAAUCAUCUACAUGUGAUAUAGUUGAAGAUGUAUCAGUGACAGCUGAGGCCAGAGUAGUAGAUGAUGUUGUCCCAGUGAGCAAAGUUAUCAAAGCCCCAAAAGCUGGAGCCAAAGCUUCAAAAGAAGCAGUAGAAAUGUGGAAAGAAAACGGUUUCUCUAGUUUAAUUAUGGCUGCACAAGACCAAGACCCAUGGAGUUUAGCUAAAGAUGUUCUGCCACUCCUCUCCUACUCUGCUCCCUUUGCAAUAUAUCAUCAGUAUUUACAGCCUCUAGCGACAUGUAUGCACAACCUUCAGCAAGAGAAGAUGGCCAUCAAUCUGCAAAUAACAGAACCAUGGCUACGCGAAUAUCAGGUGCUUACAUCAAGAACUCACCCUCACAUGCAGAUGAGCUCUUUUGGAGGCUAUGUUCUUAGCGGCACCAGAAUCUCCACCACUUAG